AAGAAAACCUAAAACUGAUGGAAAAGAACCGAAGUAAUUAUCGCCAACUAUGUCUAUUAGGUACCAAUGAACACAUUGGUUUAAUAGAACACUGUCUUGGUCUUGGAACAUAUAUAGAGACUGCAAUCACAACACGGACAUCACAUCUUAUGGUCUUAGAAAAACGUCAUGAAGACUUAUUUCUGAAGAAAACCAACAAUGGGUUACAAAGCAAUGAACAUUUUCAGAAUGCUGCCUACUUUAGGUUAUUACUGUAUGCUCACCGCUGUCCAAUAACUGAUUCUAGUUCUAUUUUUAAAUAUUUUCUGCUAAAAUUACAAGAUGAAUCCAUGUUACUUGACCUCCGUAAACAGAAAACUGUCACUCCUGUGAAGAAACAAACUUUACCUAAUAAUCAAACAUCUAAACAACAAAAAGAAGAUAAAAGUAGAAUUGGUAUUUCUAAUAUUCAACUAUCAAGGAUGAAAAGACCUGUAUCAGAAGCUUUUGAAAAGCAACUACAGAGACGGAAUACAGAGAAGCUUAUUCUUUCACAUGUACAACAAUUAUUUCUGAAGUGGAAAAUGUAUACUAAAAGUAACAACAGAGUUUUGAAACCAAGACAAGAUGAACAAAGAAAUGAAGUGAAGGUUAAACUGAAAUGGUGAUUAUUAAAAGUAUUCACAUAUAACAACACAUCUUAAUGCAUUUCCUCUUAUAUUGUUGAAACUCUAUUUUACCUAUAGGUAAGUUUCAUUCCAUAUUGUGUCACCACCAUACCAAAAAAAAAAACAAAACAAAACAAAAAAAAACAUUAAGUUAAA